CUUUAUGAAUGAACGUCUCACGUCGGGACUGGAAAAAAAGGAAGAACGUGAAAAGAGGAAGCUUCAAAUUUCAAGAGUUUGGAAACUUUCCAAGGUGUAGUCACACAGACUUUCCCCCCUCGCUCAGAUUUAACCACCAAACCCACAGAUAUUUUUAACAGUCAAACUUAAGAAUAAUCCUCAAUAAACUUCAAGAAUUUUCUGCCCGAGUCACCAAAAUGACCUCCGAGCCAAACUUCACCACCGCCUCAAACCACACCACCCCCACUGCCGAUGGUGGCUGCCCACCUGUCGGUAUUGGGCUGGAAGGUAAGAUCAUGCCACCCGUCCUCAUCAUCGACGUCAUUCUGGGGCUGCUGGGAAACCUGGUCGCUCUGUGGAUCUUCUGCUUCAAACUGAAGGCGUGGAACCCCAACAGCCUCUUCCUCUUCAACCUGGUUAUCGCAGACUUCCUCGCUCUAGUGAGUCUACCUCUGCGGAUCGACGCUUUGCUCAGGAGUCACUGGGUGUUUGGAGACGGCAUGUGUCGGAUCAACCUCUUCCUGAUGUUUUCCAACCGCUCGGCGAGCAUCGCACUCAUGACCGUGGUGGCAAUUUAUCGCUACUUUAAGGUGGUCCAUCCUCACCACCGCUUCAACCGCAUGACCAAGCGACAGGCGGUGUUCGUGUCACUGUUUGUCUGGCUGCUGGUCAUCACGCCCCGGGUUCCUAUGCUGGCUUACAACCACAUCAAGGGCAGCGGCAACACAACCCAGUGCUUCUUUUUCACGUCUUACAAAGAGGCGUCGCGAGCCAUCAUCAUCCUGGUGGCCAUGCAUCGCAUCCUCACCGUGCUGGAGUUCAUCUUCCCGAUGGCCAUGCUGCUGUUCUGCUCCAUCCGGAUCUCCAGCUUCCUGAAGGAACGACGUAUGGGCAAACCCGACAAAGUGCGCAAGGCGAUGCGAGUGUGCAUCGCCAUCGUCGCAGUAUUCAUGGUAUGCUUUCUGCCUACCACGGUGACAACCAUCGGAGUGUGGAUCAUCCGCUCGUACCGCCCGUGGGACUGCACCAGCUUCUACAGAUUCACCCAGCUCAGCAUCGUGUCUCUGGGCUUGAACUUCCUGAACUCGGCCCUGGAUCCCAUCAUCUACAUCUUCUCCAGCUCCAUGUUCAGGAAGGCCCUGGUGGGUGCGCUGCCCUGUGCACUGCGCUGUGGGCAGGACGCCGAGGACAACAAGACGUCUUCUUCAGGAACUCAGUCGACCACCCAGGAGGAGAUGAAAUGCAUGAGGACUGAUAGAGGAAGCGAGGCGAAAUAGUAAACUGCUCCGUGCUAAUAAAGACUAAACCAAGAAGUGAAACCUUUUCCCUGCUCUGAUUUCCUUU